AAUGAGCCGGGCCGGGUUAAGCGUUUCAGCGUGGUGGAAUUUAAAAUGCAUGGGACAUCUUCCCGACUCACUUAACUGCAUUCCAUUGAAGACACUUGACUUAUUUUUCUCCGUUCGCCGACAAUAAUUCGGACGAGAUUUGGACAGCAAUGAUCCAUGCGCUGCAGUGCGUGCGGCGGAUGGUUAUGGAAAAAUUACGGCUAAUAAAUCGGGGGAUUUUUUGUUGAAUUAUGGAGCAAGUGGGUUUCCCGCUCUUCUUUGGCGUGGUGACGUCGAUGGUUGUCAUUCCCAACCUGCUGAUAAACUGCAUUCCCACGGCGGACACGCCCCUCACCAACGCCAGCAUUCCCCUGCACUGUGCGCCGCUGAAACUGUACUUCCCCGGUGCGGUGACGGCAACCACUGUGGGUGCACCUGCCGCCAAGGACAAGCUGGACGCGGCAAUGCCAGUGUUGGCGCCGCUGCCGCGCUACGAACACUUGGAUGCGCUGUUGGUGUCCAAUGUCAGCAGUGCCGAUGGCAGCCGCCGCGAGUGCCAGUUUGUCUGCUUAUACGGACAGUGGACGGGACCGCUGUGCCGGCGCAUGGAUAUGCUGCAGCGCGCCGACCCCAGUUACCAGCCGGUGUGGCAAUCUUGCUACUUCGACGCCGGUCAACCGGCCUACACCAACCUGUCCAUUUUCUACAACGGCCUGAACAUCAGCGAGCCUACGGAGCAGGCGCCCCGACUAACCGUUUUCCCACACGGCGGCCGACUCAUGUUCCGCUGCGAGCAUGUUGGCGAGUACAUUUUUCAGGGCCCAGCCGUGCUACAGUGCGCCAACGGCCAGUGGGAGCCCUUGACCUUUCGGGAUGCUGCUAAUGUCGCCGGCAUUGGUAGUGGUGCCGGGAUUACUCAGCCCAGCUGUCAGCCGCUGUCCGAUUCUAUGGAGAGCAACGUCCAGGAGGGGCGGCUGUAUCCGCCGCUGCUGACCUAUAUCUCCUACAAGGGCAUCGUGGCACCUAAUUAUGAUGGGAGACUGUUCGUCUACCCGGGUUCUGACCUGCAUUUAGGCUGUAUAUAUGAACCGCGGCGGUUGGGCCCGCCCAAAUGGACCUGGUCGAAAUCCAUCAGCAUCAGCGACGCUCUAAUGCAGUGGACGCGCAAUCUCUACCGGAACAAGAUGGAAUGGCGUCUAACCAUCCGAAACAUCCAGCCGGAGCAGAGUGGCAAGUUCACUUGCACAACGCCUGUCAAGACCAGCCACAGCUUUAUCGUCGAAGUCACAGCCGUCGACUGUCCCCGCCCAUGGGACGACGAGCAACUGCUACACACCGGCAACUUCCACUUCAACAGCACAGUGACCUUCGGCUGUAUCGCCGGCUACCGUCUCGUCGGACCAGCCGCUGUCUACUGCAAGCUGAACGGCGAAUGGGCACAAUCACUACCCACCUGUGUCGCGGUGCAGUGCGCCCCCCUCAAUAGCUCCGACCCCAACCUUUUUCUGGACAGCAACGGCACCUUUUACCAGGCCAGCGUGACCUUCACCUGCGCUCCCGGCUACCGCAUUGUCGGCAACCACAGCGCACACUGCACCCACACUGGAAACUGGUCGGCGCCGGUGCCGGUCUGUGAAUCGGUGUACUGUCCGGGGUUAGCGGUGCCGACUAACGGGCAGGCAUUGGAGACUCCGACGGAGCGCUAUCUGGUGGGAAAGAUGGUGCAGUUUGCUUGCCAGAAGGGCUUUAUGGCCAGCGGGCCGGUGGUGGCCACCUGCGGGGAGGAUGGGCGCUGGAGUAAUCCGCCGCCGCGCUGUGAACCGGCCUGUGAGGCCCCGCGAGCACCGGCCAACGGCCGUGUGACGCCGGUGAAGAGCGCCUAUCGAGUGAAGUCACAUGUCAUGUACGAGUGCCAUGGCGGAUACCGGCUGGUGGGUGCCAGGAUCUCCUACUGCAACGUCAACAGUAGUGGAACGCCUAAGUGGUCCUUCCCGGCGCCGGAGUGCGUGUUGGAUGUGGUGGGCGGUCGGACGCCGGCCAGGUCAACCUAAACCGUAUACGUAGUUUGACAAUAUUUGUGCCGCUCUUGUAUUUGAUACUACUGGGUUAUUGUGAUGAAUGGUGUAUGGAGUUCAUAAUUUUCUCUAGAUCUGGUAGCUUUAACGAAGCCGAACUCUACGAGUACAGCUUCGGUACCUGCGGUACCUCAGCAAUGCUUGUGGGAUUUACUCAUAUUCUAUACUGCUACAACACGCUUGCGUAUUGCACGGACG